UUCUUGUCAUGUGGGUGUGUUCAACCAAGCACUUAUCUGCACCUAAUUGUCACUGUAAUUUGUAGCAUUCGGUGAAGGACUUGUAGGGUUUUGCGUGUCGUUAGUGUCUUUCUUUUGAUAGUUCGGGCUAGGGACUGAAGAGAGCAGACAUCAUGUCGUGGCGAGGGAAGCUGUCGCAGGUGGUGCAGGAACUUCGGAUCCAUUGCUGCCAGACUUCGCCUGCGUCCACUGUCACCAGAAAUUUUAUUCAGAGGAACUAUGCUGACUUGAAAGCUCUGAACCCAACGCUACCUAUCCUGAUUCGUGAGUGUAGCGGCGUGCAGCCUCGCAUUUGGGCCCGCUAUGAUAAUGGUGUGGAAAGAAGCGUAGCGCUGGAUGGUUUGACUGAGCAACAAAUCGAUGCAUUGUUGGAGAAGAUCGUCAAGCAACCCAACUUAGACUAAUUAGUGAGGUAUCAUACCCGAGAGCAGUGCUCACUUAUUAUCAAUAACUGAGGUCUGUUUCACUGAAAGCUCAAUAAAAGAUAUUUUCUGUUUUGUUUGACUGAAAAUAUCACUCAAACUGUA